UCUCGAUUCGGAAAUCAAAUUUUGCCACCAUAUUUGUCCUUUCUCCCUCCCAAAUUUCUCGGCUUUUUUUCUCAGAAAUUUCAAAAUCUCAGUUUACACACACACAUUCAAUCAUUCUUGUAUGUUCCUACGUUUUUUCAAAUUCGAUCUUCAACUGUGUUAGGGCUUCUUGCAUUUUUGGGGAUUCUUUUGCUGUAAGAAUUGUGAAAAUCUGCCACAGAAAUGUCGGCUUCGACCGUCUCGAUAACGGCGAAUCCGGCAGCGCGGAGGAGGCCGGUUUUGGUUUCGGAGAAGAAGGGGACAAGUAUUGAAAUGUUGGCCGCUGAUGGUGCCAAUCCUCUUUCCAAUACCGCUACUGCCGGGAUUGGCGGUGUCGGCGAGGAUAAGGUCGCCGGUGGAAAUAGUAGGGAUAUGAGCCAUCAUUCGAUUAGAGGUGAGGCUGUUCUCGAACGGCCCUCUAGGGAUCAACUUCAGAUCAAGAAAGUUGUUGCGAAUUCCACCAUCUCCCCUCGGCGGAGCAGAAAAGUACUUGCGAAGACGGAUAAGCCUCGAUGGGUAACUAUUCUUAGCGUAUUCACGAAGAAUUUUGUGCUAUUGAUUGUUCUUUUAGGGUUGGUUCAAAUGAUUAGGAAAUUAGCCCUAAAGUCCGGCGAAGGAACGGUGGAAAAUCAGAUGGGAUUUUCAGAAGUCGAGGGGCGGAUUGCGGAAGUUGAAACGUCCUUGAAGACCACCACGAAGAUGUUUCAGGUCCAGGUGGAGGUCAUGGAUCGGAAGAUUGAGAAUGAGAUCGGGGGGUUGAGAAGGGAAGUUGACGAGAAGAUUGAGGAGAAAACUGCUGAUCUUGAGAGCGGUUUGAAGAUGCUGCAGAACAAGGGGGAAGAUCUGGAAAGGUCUUUGAGUGAAUUAAGGGCGGCCGAUUGGUUGUCGAAGCAAGAAUUUGAUAAAAUUUAUGAGGAAUUGAAGAAGGCCAAGAACAGUGAAUUUGAUGAACGAUUUGCGAAUUUGGAUGACAUAAGGGCGUAUGCAAGGGAGAUGAUUGAGAGGGAGAUUCAGAAGCAUGCGGCUGAUGGGCUUGGUAGGGUGGAUUAUGCUCUUUCUUCUGGUGGGGCAAUGGUUGUAAAGCAUUCGGAGCCUUAUAUAGGAAGGACAAGUAAUUGGUUUUCAAAAAGUGUGAGGAAUGGGGUUCAUAGUGAUGCAGAUAAGAUGCUCAAACCGAGCUUUGGGGAGCCCGGGCAGUGCUUCCCCUUGAAAGGAAGUAGUGGCUUCGUUCAAAUCAAGCUACGAACAGCCAUUGUUCCAGAAGCUAUUACUUUAGAGCAUGUUGCCAAGAGUGUAGCGUAUGAUAGAUCGAGCGCGCCUAAGGAUUGCAGGGUAUCUGGAUGGUUUCACGGCGACGAUGCUAAUUCAGCUGUCAAUGCCGAAAAUAUGUUCCUCUUGGCUGACUUUACAUACGACCUCGAGAAGAGCAAUGCCCAGACAUUCGACGUGGUGGAGACAACAGGCUCUGGUCUCGUUGACACGAUCCGAUUAGAUUUCUCGUCUAACCAUGGAAGCCCGUCUCAUACGUGCAUCUAUCGUGUGAGAGUUCACGGUCAUGAACCGUACUCGGUUUCUAUGAUGGCAAAGUCGUGAUAGAGAUGGGCUGCAGCUAGGCUGCUUGUAUUGGGGGGUUCCCUGUUUGUAUUAUCCUUGUAACUGUUACACUCCCUGUUCUUAUUCAUUAUUUAGAACCAUAGCCCUCACACUUUGAAUCUUUUGGUUAGUGGGCACAAGUGUUGUUUUCUUCUUCUUUGUUGUUCUUCAAGGCAUUGUAAACAAAUGGAAUUUUUUUUUUACUGUGGUCGGUAGAACAAGUUUUGCA